AAGUCAGAACCAGAACAAAAAACAAAAACAAAAAACAAGACAGAAGUAAACAACAAACACACAUUUGACCCAUUCCCCAUCCAUACAAUACCAAAAAACCUAUUGAUUUAAAAUUAAAAAAUAAUUGGCAUAAAAUCCAAUUCACCAUAACGAAUGUAAAAGAUAAGAGUGAAGUGAUCACAUUAUGGCUUCGCAUCUACAAGGUGGCAGAGUAGACUUUUCCCUAAUUCAAACCUCAGCGAGAAAUAAUUUGAUAGAACUGCUAGAAAAAUGUCCUGGAACCAAAGCCAUUGUUUGGGACAACUCGUUAGCAGGCCCAGUGGGUUUAGUAGCAGAAUAUAUAAUGCUCAGAGAAUAUUCUGUUAAAAAUAUGUUUCCUUUACGACCUAUACCAUUGCCUUCCACUGAAGUUGAUCAUGUUAUAUUCAUUGCUAGACCAAAAUUGCAUUUGAUGGAUUAUAUUGCCAAAAAUGUUAAAGAUGAUUCCAAAGACAGACGCAACUCAAAAAAACAAUAUCACUUAUUUUUUGUACCCAAAAAAAGUUUACUAUGUGAAGAAGCCCUCAAACACCAAGGUGUAUUUGGAAACAUGAUAUUUAUAGAAGAAUUCAAAUGCCAACUAUUUCCAUUCGAUUCUGAUGUGGUAUCAAUGGAAAUUGCAGAAGUUUUUAGAGAAUGCACCAUCGAAAACGAUCCAACUUACAUAUACCAAACAGCUCAGGCUAUAAUAUUUUUACAAAAAUUAUACGGACCUAUUCCCAGGGUUUGGGGCAAAGGUAUUGCAGCCAAACAAGUUUGGGAUUUAGUUUCAAGACUUCAAAGGGAAAAAGAUAAUAAUGAGGAAACUGCGUCCAAUCAAACUUGUAGUAUUGAUCAAAUUAUGUUAAUUGAUAGGUCAGUUGAUUUGAUUACUCCGUUGGCUACACAACUUACUUAUGAAGGUUUAAUUGAUGAAAUAUUUGGUAUUAACAAUGCCACAGCGAAUUUUCCUAUAGACAAUUUCUUAAGUACUGAAGAAAGAUCUACAGAAUCACUUUCAGAGGACAAGAAACAAGUCAUACUUAAUUCAGCUGAUAAAUCAUUUGCUGAUAUUAGAGAUAAAAGUUUUAAUGCAGUACCAUUGUAUCUAGCAAAACAAGCUAAAAGUAUAACAGCCCAACAGGAGAACAUUCAAGAUAAAUCCGUUCAAGAAAUGAAACUUUAUGUUAAUAGGUUGCCCCAAAUUUUAGCCAAGAAAAAACAACUAGCCUUACAUACUUCUAUAGCAGAAUGUAUUAAAGAACAUACAGAUCAAUACGACUUUUUUGAUACCUUAAAGGCAGAACAAGAGUUUCUCAGUUGCUUUGAAGUUGACAAACCUAGUCCAUAUAUAGAAGAACUUAUGGCACAUGGAAAACCUUUAAUUCAAGUUUUAAGACUGAUUUGUUUACAGUGCGUUUGUUCUUCAGGGUUAAAACCCAAAGUUAUGGAAGGAUAUAAAAGAGAAUUGGUUCAGGUUUAUGGUUUGGAAGCCCUUUUAGCUAUUACCAAGCUGGAAAAAGUUGGACUCUUGAAAUUACAAUCUGGUACCAGACAGUAUACAGUUUUGAGAAAAACUUUAAAAUUAGUAAUGGAAGACACUUCGGAAAUAAAUCCAACUGAUAUUUGUUACGUGCAUAGCAUUUAUGCUCCUCUCAGUGUACGUUUAGCUGAACAAGUUACUAAGAAUGGAGGCUGGAAGCAAUUGCAUGACGUUUUGGGCUUAUUACCUGGUCCUACUCUAGACGAAUCGCCUUCAAUAGCCUCAAACGUUAUUCAAAAUUAUGAUACUCCGAAAGUAGUACUAGUUUUCUUUAUAGGAGGAUGUACUUUUGCUGAGAUUUCAGCUUUAAGAUUCUUAUCCCAGCAAGAAGAUUCUAAUGUAGAAUUUGUGAUAGCCACUACUAAACUAAUAAACGGAAAUACCUUUCUUAAGUCCAUAAUACAAAGUUAAAUUUAAAUGCUUUAUAUGUUUCUCGCUUAUAUUUUAUUAUUGUUUAGGCUUUUUUGAUGCUUCAUUGCAAUAUUUAUUAUUAUAUUGUUUUAUCUUACCAAAAGUUUGGCUUCUUCAUUUACCUCCAGUCCGAGCUCCAGUCCUUUAACCCUCAAUAAAAAUUCAUAAUACAUACAUAUAAUUCAUGAAUAAAUAAAUAAUACAUCUUCAAACCAACAACAAUUAUUAUGUUUAGUGCCAUAUUACUAUACUUAAUUUAACAAAUAGAAAAAGCAAUGAUCGUUAAGAAAUAUUAACAACAAUAAAAUUAAAUUAUUUACAACAUUAAGUUUGUGCUUCAAUUAAUUGAGAGAGCUAUGUUUUCAAACUCGAAAUGAAAAAUAUAUAGAGAAGAAUAUUGUACAAACUAAAAUUUAAAAAUAUCACGAAUUACAAAUCAAUUAGUUAUUUCAAAAAGAUCUUUUAAAAUAUUUUGGUCCAUUUGCUAUCUGCCCAGAAUAUUUUUUUCAGCUUCUUCGAUGACUUGCAGCAGCCUCUGACGCGAUUUUUUAUUAUUCU